UUACUGUUUGAAUCGUGUGGGCUAUAAGCGUUGAUAUAAAAAUCAACAUUACUGUACUUUACGGAUAUCAGUGUGUACAUAACUUAAAAAUAAAUAUUAGAAAUAAAACAACGAAACUAAAAAGGCGCCAUGUCGCGACAUAUGGCCAUUGUUGUCUGCUUCGCGAUCGUCCUGAUGUCGUACCGUCACGUGACCGGACAGGCGCAUGACGUGGCAAAGCUGGACAAAAGAUUGACGUCCAUCAAGAGUUUUGUUGAUCGUGAAAUCAUCGACAUCCGGUUUCAGAUCUCCGAACUGAAAAUGACUGUCGAGCAGAUGGUGGUCGAUCAGAGGAACGCUAGCGCUGGGUCCAAUAUUGGCGGACCGUUCCCUGACUAUGGUCAAGGAAUGGCAGGUGUUAAUCAAAAGCAGAUUACAGAUCUCAAAAAUAAAUUGAAUGCACAUGAAAACCGACUGAAUCGAUUAUUCAGUACAGUUAAUGAGAUUCAUGAGGUAAAAAACUCAUCUAAAAGAACAGCUAAAGCCGACAUUGAAAAAAAAUGCGACGACAGAUUCAACGCGCUCCAAAAGAAGUUUGAAGAAACCGCAGCGGCUAUGAUGAAAGGUUACAAUGAACUAAAAUCGCACGUGAACGUCAAAGUCUCUUUGUUCGAUCAAAUACAUAACCUUUCCCAGUCCGUAAUCUCCGAACAAAACAAACUGAGUACGAGGAUUGACCAGACAGAUGCGAACAUCAUUAGACUGGAUGGUGAAGUGAAUAAGCUCGAAGUCAACGAAAUGGUCGAGAAAAAAGAAAGAAACGAAAUCAUCAAGAACUUAAAAGAUGAACUUCUCCAGUUGAACGCAGGCGUUAAAACGAAAUUCGACGACAGAGUCAACGCUCUUCAAAACAGGUUUGAAGAAUCCACAACGGCGAAUUUGGCAGUUUAUAAAGAUCUGGAAUCGCAAAUUUCCGUUCAAUUGAAAGAUCUUUCCAAGUCGUUGAUCACCGAACAAAACAAACUGAGUGUGAGGAUAAACCAAUCAGAUGCGAACAUCGUAAGACUGAAAGAUGGAUUGAACACGCUGGAUGACUUUUCAAGAGCGAUCGAAGGGCUGAAAAGAAGGACUGACAAGUGCUGUAUAGAUUGUGGUGACCCAACACCAGAACAUGGUACAGUAAACACCACAGUAACAAAGUAUGGAACUGUUGUUAAAAUAUCAUGCAACCACGGUUACGUAUUGAGCGGAGAGAACAUCGUCAAAUGCAACGCUGACUCUGUCUGGUCUGACUCAGCCACGUGUAACCCAUAUGAUUGUGGUGACCCAACACCAGACCAUGGUACAGUAAACACCACAGUAACAACGUAUGGAACUGUUGUUAAAGUAUCCUGCAAUCACGGUUACGUAUUGAGCGGAGAGAACAUCGUCAAAUGCAACGCUGACUCUGUCUGGUCUCACUCAGCCACGUGUAACCCAUAUGACUGUGGAAGUGCUGCCCCAGAAAAUGGUGUGGCCUCAGCCCCCAAUGGCACUACCUACCAGAAGCAGGCUAUUGUGCAGUGUAACGCAGGCUACAGACUAAACGGCUCGUCAGUGAUAGAGUGCAAUGCAACGGGCUGGAAUGACUCUGUCUCAUGUGUUAUACAACGUGACUGUAAGGACUGGUACACUUCGGGGUUCCGUGAUACCGGGAUUUAUACCAUCUAUCCGAACCCGGGCGUUAUAUUUCAGGUCAGGUGUGACAUGGAGACAGAUGGUGGAGGGUGGACGGUAAUACAGAGACGGGUGUCCGCAAGCGACUUCUACAAAUCUUGGGCCGAAUACAAGGCCGGGUUCGGCGAUGAACAGAAUUUCUGGCUCGGUAAUGAGAAAAUCUUUGCACUGACAGGCUCUGGGGAUUACAGACUACGAGUUGAUUUAACAAGAGUAGGAGGGGAAACCAGGUUUGCGUCAUACAAACAGUUUGCAGUUUCAGGGGAGAAUGAUUUGUACAGGUUGACGAUUGCAGAUUAUAGUGGAACUGCGGGAGACAGUCUGUCGGAUUCAAACAACAAGGCGUUCAGUGCUAAAGAUCGUGAUUAUGAUUUGUAUUCUAUUAACUGCGCUAAGUUGUUGCGCAGCGCCUGGUGGUUCAACGCAUGCGGGUAUGCAGAUUUAAAUGGGUCUUAUGGUGGAGACAGAAAUGUAGAAGGACUUGUAUCGGGACUUAUUUGGUAUCAUUGGCUUGGCAUGGAUGAGUCGUUAGCAAGUUCGGAAAUGAAAAUACGGAGAAGAUAACUGAUUGAUAAGGAAUAUAUUGCAUCAUACUUGUAACGCACGAAGCAUCUACUUAAAUGAAAUAUUAUCCUUAACAUAAGAUGUUGAAUUUAUUUGUUCGAAAGAUUUAGUGACUAUGUACAGUCACUAACUGAAUUUACGAAUCGUAAAUUUGUAAUCGUUAUGGUUGCUUGUGUACACUUUAAAAUUUGUUCAGUGAGUAAAUGGUAGGUUGGUGUUUCUUUAUGGAUUGUACUGUGAAAUAUAAUUUGUCUUAUUAUAUCCAGUUAUCUUGGUAAUUGCAAUGUUAUUCGGCAAAUAAAAGACACACGUUAA